AACAAAGCUGAGGGCAACUGCCAGAACAGAUCGCCAUGUUAUGUAAACCGAAUCGGCACUUUCCCUCCUAACCGCCUGAUCUGUUUGGUCUGAUUCCCUCCGCUUUUCUUCCUCUCUCUACCCUUUAAAAUUCCAAAUUUCUUCUCUCGAAUCAUUUCUCAACCAAAUUCGCAGCAGAUCUCUCUCUCUCUCUCUCUCUCUCUCUCUCUCUCUCUCUCUCUCUCUCUUCUUACAGAGAUUUCAUUGCGAAAAUCUCUCCGGUUCGUUUCUCUUCUGCAGAUUUCCAAUCUUCGAUUCUCGCGCUUCUGGAUCUUUUCUCUAUCUUCUCAGACAAAGAACUUGAAGAUGAUUUUACUCGAUGCAAAGGCAUGGUUUACAUGCCACUGCAGAGGUUGGGGUAUCGAUUGGAGGAAGCUGGUUUUGGUUGCUUGCGUCAUGACCACUGCAGGAGCCUUGCUUCAGCUCUGCGCAAUGUCUGAUACAUCAAACAUCUGGCACCUUUUUCCACCUGUAAUGGUUUCUUCAUUCAAUACCUUGAAUAGCACGGUUCAGGUCGGGGAAUCUUUGCAUCCUCAGGCGACGGUCGAGCAGUUUCCGCCAGUUCCAACUGCUCCCUUUAACUUGAAGGAUUCUAUCGUGUCACCCGUAUCACUGUCAGAUGUGGAAAACGUGUCUGGAGUUUCAUCCACGAGGAAUCCUGCUCGUCAGGGAGGGGACCUGAAGGUCAUGGCUCAACCAGUUGGAAAUGUUUCUUCCGAGAGUAGUCGUGCUAAAGAGAGAGGUGGUACCGAGAAUCUUAAGAACAAUAGGGAUCCGAAGGUCUUGGGUGUGUGGGCUCAACCGAUUGGAAAUGUCUCUUCUGAUAGUAAUCGUGCUAAUGAGGGAGGAGGUGCCGAGAAUCUUAACAAUGGUAGGGACCCGAAGGUCUUGGCUAAACCUGCUGGAAAUGUUUCUUCUGAGAGUAAUCUUGCUAAUGAAGGAGGAGGUACCGAGAAUCUUAACAAUGAUAGGGACCCAAAGGUCAUGGCUCAACCACGUGGAAAUGUUCCUGCUGCAGGCAAGAGUACUCGUUCUUCUCAUUCAGGGAAACCUAUUUGGUCCAUGUCGCCUGAUCAGGCACUUCUAUAUGUCAAAAAGGAGAUCGAGAAUGCCCCUGCAAUUACCGAUGACCCGGAUUUGCACGCACCGAUAUUUCGAAAUAUUUCGGUUUUUAAGAGGAGCUAUGAAUUGAUGGAAAAAAUUCUGAAGGUUUACAUCUACAAGGAUGGGCCGAGACCAAUUUUCCACACACCACAACUCAGAGGAAUUUAUGCUUCCGAAGGAUGGUUUUUGAAAUUAAUGGAGGAAAACAGGUGGUUUGUUGUGAGCGACCCAAACAGAGCCCACUUAUUCUAUCUACCAUACAGUGCACGUCAGCUGGAGGUAGCUCUUUACGUGCCGGACUCGCAUAAUAUGCGGCCGUUGUCAGUCUUUCUGAAGGACUAUGUGAACAUGCUAGCUGCUAAAUAUCCUUUCUGGAAUCGCACACGUGGAUCAGAUCAUUUUCUUGUUGCUUGCCAUGAUUGGGGUCCAUACACAACUACAGCGCAUGAUGAACUGUGCAAGAACACCAUCAAAGCAUUAUGCAAUGCAGAUGCCUCUGAAGGAAUCUUCAUCCCAGGAAAGGAUGUCUCCUUGCCUGAAACAUUAAUAAGAACUCCCAGGAGGCCUCUCAGAGACCUCGGUGGAAAACCCAUCUCUCUGCGGUCUAUUCUUGCUUUCUUUGCUGGGAACAUGCAUGGCCGAGUCAGACCCACUCUGCUCAAAUACUGGGAAGGGAAAGAUGAAGACAUGAAAAUCUACGGCCCACUCCCAAACAGAAUCACCAGGAAAAUGUCAUAUAUCCAGCACAUGAAGUCGAGCAAAUUUUGCAUUUGUCCAAUGGGUUAUGAAGUGAACAGCCCCAGGAUAGUGGAGGCAAUCUACUUUGAGUGCGUGCCGGUGAUCAUUGCGGAUAAUUUUGUGCCACCUCUCUAUGAGGUGUUGGAUUGGAGUGCAUUUUCAGUGACUGUUGCAGAGAAGGAUAUACCGAACUUGAAAGAGAUUCUUUUGAAAAUCCCGCUAAGGAGAUAUAUUUCAAUGCAAACAAAUGUGAAGAGGUUACAGAAGCACUUUCUAUGGCAUAGCAAACCAAUCAAGUAUGAUAUGUUUCACAUGAUUCUGCAUUCCAUUUGGUUCAAUAGGCUGAACCAGAUCCAAAUUCAGCAGCAGUAAACUCAAACUAAGAAGGGAACUAAAUGGAGCUACCGCAUUCUUUUGAAGGAAUUGUUGGUUUUAGAUAAUGGAUGGGCAUAUCUUCCUUUGUCAUGGAAGUACCCAAAUUAGUACACACAUCUACUCGAACCACACUUCUUUUUCUUCUGUUCAGGGUUUGUCUAAAUUUGUGUAGUUCGGAUGUCUGGAGAUCUGAGAGAGGGCAGAAAUAUCUGAGAGGAACACCAAAGGAUGGGCUGGAACGAGGAUUUCAUCUUCAGGGACAAUCAUGUGGGGAGGCUCGUAGGAAAACAGAAUGAAAAGGAGUAGGUGGAGUUCAGGUAGUUGUUUAGAUGAUCCAAUACUAAUACCUUUGUACAAAAGAAGGAAAAAGAAAGAAAAUUCAUACUCAAAUUUGAAAAUUCAUACUCAAUUUCAUUUCAGUGAGAAUUGCUGGAUUGGGCAUUAUCACUUUGGGGGAGAUUUUUGAAGCUCCUCAUGAUUUUCUCCUUGGUUUCUUGAAUGCUGAAGUGGGCCUACUUUUAUUCCAAAGUUUUGUACCCAGCGACCAGCCUCUGUCAAUGGGCCCCCAUCCUUUUUUAUCACGAAGUGGGUAAUCCCAACUUUCCUUUCAGUGGAACUUGGAGGAUCUUUACAUGAUAUUGAUUUCAGAUGUGACCCAGAUGCGACUGGGAUGAAAAAUCUGCCGACUUAGGUGCUCUGCAUCUUGCUAUAUCUGCUGGGCUGUUAAAUUGCAGAUUCUCUGUCGCAAAGUCUGGCCAUCAGCAUCAUGCAAACGGUUGUUAUACUAUGUAGAUGAUGAAAACUCAAAGAAUCAUCCUGGCCGUUUGAUUAAUGGACAGUUGAAAUGUAAAGUGGUAAACAGUACAAACUCUAAACAGAAAUCAAUUCGACACACGUUACAACUGCCCCUGCAACCCCUUCUUUGCCAUGGCCAACCCGUUCCGUCAACCUGGCUUUUAUGCCAUGCCCCACCCAACUCCGGAAUGAAGUUCUCCGUGUCCAAAAAUGGCAUUAGAGAGUUGCAUACUGGCUCAAUGUGAGGAGAACUGAUGGGGUACAGUAUAAUAACUUGGGAUUCCAUAUGUUAAUUCCUUCCAACGUGCUGUAGGACAUAUUACCAUGAUUCGAUUUAUAUGGUAUGCCCCACAAAGAAGCUCACAGGUUUUCAUAAGAUAAGGUGUCACGGUACCUGUGGGUGGUGGUGAUACGAACUGUUCAUGCUCCAGAUUCUAUGCUACAGGGGCGAUCGUAAGAAACAUAAACAUAUAUUGAAAGGAUGAUUGUGUGUGAAGAUGAAUGGGGAACAUUGAAAAGUAGUUUUUUAAUGGCUCAUAUUCAAUCCAAGAGUCAAGGUCAGGACCAACAGUGAAGCAUGAUUACACCACAUUGCUUCUGUCAUAGCAACAAUAAAAGAUAAUGUACAGGGUAGAAAUCCGCCUCGUACUGUAUCGUGAUAGGGGGGCCCUGUAUCCUAAUAAAAUCGGAACAAAUCCGGCCUUUCCGCAUAUCAGGGGCAACACGGCUGUAAUCAAUGAACAGCGACUGUCAGAUGCGGCCCACCUUGUGAGUGGAUCUGCCUUUCGAAGAGGGUGAUCCUCAUGGUGGGUCCUAUUAUUUCAACGGUACUCAGUGUCCUAUACGAUACUUUUUAUGCUCUUUGGAUUUGGCGACGUGGGUCCUACAAAGAUGGAUCACGGCCCAGAGAUCUGCUCCCACUAGGUGAAUUGAGCAAUCAUUUGUCGUUUUCAAACGUCAGCGGUUAGCCUUUUUUACUGUUCAGCCGAACUCAAAUGGCUAGGAUAACCUGAUUUGCGUGGUUUCUGGAAUGCGAGCCAUCUGUACUUUGCAUUAACGAGAUGGAAUGGCACGUAUACACACUAGUGGGAUAUUGCACCUGCAAUGCAGGCGGAGAGGGAGGAGGUUGUCUUCAAGACGCGGGAAUAAAGGAGAGGAGAAGCCCAUGUGAGAAGUCAUGUGACGAAGGUUGGCUACGUAUCCAGCUCCUUGGGUGAGCUGGUAGAGACACAUCCUUACGUGUGAUGAUCCAGAAAAUGGACUACGAGCAGAGGCUCAAAGCAGCGGCCCACUUCAUCAUCUCGAAUGACCGCAGCCGAAUGGAAGAAGAUUUGAACUGUACAGAUUUGGGUAUCUCUGCUACGUUGAAACCCCACCAGGUCGAAGGAGUUUCUUGGCUUAUCAGGAGAUUCACCCUCGGAGUCAACGUCAUCCUCGGAGACGAGGUCAGCUUCUCUGCUCCCUAAUCUAGGGUUCGAUAUUUCUUUUCAAAUAUUUGUUAUUAGGGGAGUUAUUUGAUACUCCACUUAGAAAUGGUACACGUACCAUAUUAAUUGUUUGGAUGCCUGUAAAAUCCUCGGUAAAUAUCAGUAAAUAGUUGUAAAUAGCUCAUUAUGGUUAUUUACGUC